UCUCCUGCUGCAAACUUUCAUUUCAGUCAAUAUUGCGGUACCUUCUGUUGGUGUGGGUACGUUCAGACCGAAGCGGUACCACGAGGUUUAACGUGUUUUCGCGCUGCAUUUUGCUCCCUACGGCAUGAACCUAGUGCCCCGUUUUGUGACCAUUUGAACUCGCUCUAUUUUGUUGCUCCAACUAAAUGGUGUUUUUGUGCGAAUUCAACCAAUAUGUGUUCUUUUAUUAAACCGAGUUACUGUGUGCUAGUGAUCACUUUACUUGGGAUUAAUAACAUGAUAUAUUGUCAAGAUUUGAGGUGUGGUCACCCUGCGAUACCUGUAAACGCCCGAGUUUCCUUAACUUCACAGGCUUUAACACCCGGUACCAUAGCAACAUACACAUGUGACGAAGGCUACGAGACAUUUGGUAACACCCAAACUUCCUGCUCGCCAUCAGGGCAAUGGGCAGGAGAACUUCCCUUUUGCGGUACAAACAUUGCAUAUCGCAAACCCGCCAACCAAUCGACUACCGUAAGAAACGGUAACGCUUGGAAUGCGAAUGACGGGCAGAAAAGCACAGAUCACGACGCCAAAAAAUGCUCGGAAACUCAGAAAGAAGUUUCUCCAUGGUGGCAAGUCGACUUGCUGAGGCCCUACUCAGUAAAAGUCGUCAGGGUCACCACCCGGGGUUGCUGUGGCCACCAACCCCUUCAAGAUUUGGAAAUCAGGGUUGGAAACAGCAGCACUGACUUGCAGAGGAAUCCGCUGUGUGCAUGGUUUCCAGGAACUAUAGAUGAAGGAUCAACAAAGACUUUUACGUGUGCCAGAUCUUUGGUAGGACAAUACGUCUUCUUACAGUUAGUUAGCGUCGAGGGAUCACUAUCUCUUUGUGAAGUUGAAGUAUUUACUACUGACGAAUUUUCCGUGGAUAGAUGCGCUCCAAAAGCAGCUUCAGAAGAUGCUCAGAUUGCUGCAUUUGCGAGAACAUGCUACGAAUUCGGAGUUAAUAGAGGUAGUUCCUUUGCUGAUGCUCGAGCAUAUUGUCAGGGUCAUAAUGGAGAUUUGGUGCAUGGGAUGACACCGGGAUCGACAUCUUUUCUUUACGGCGAAUUGGAAAGAAGAAAACCCAUGUUAAAAACCCAGUUGGUAUGGAUAGGAGCCCAGAAGGAGCCCGGAAUAUCAAAAACAUGGAAAUGGGUGAAUGGUGAUUUAGUGCAACGACCAUCGUGGGGUAAAGACCAACCCAACAAUUAUAACGGGGAACAAAACUGCGUGGUACUUGACGGAGGUCGUGGAUGGCUGUGGAAUGACGUAACCUGCAAACUUGACUAUUUGCACUGGAUAUGCCAGCACACUCCAUCGUCCUGUGGAAGUCCGGAUAAAAAGUUAAAUACGACUAUAGUAGGAAAUAAUUAUAAUUUAGGAGCCACCAUUGAGUACAAAUGCCCAGAAGGACAUUUGUUACUUGGUGACGACAAAAGACAUUGUGGAAAGGAAGGAUUCUGGUCUGGACAUGCACCAGACUGUAAAUACGUCGACUGCGGCGAGCUUUCUUCCUUGGAGCACGGUUCAGUGAACUUAAAAGACAAAAGAACCACUCAUGGGGCGAGUGCAAUCUACACCUGCCACGAAAACUACACCCUCAUUGGCCAUGAAAUCAGAACCUGCGGGGACGAUAGCAAGUGGACUAACUCCACCCCUAGUUGUUUGUUCGAUUGGUGUCCCGAUCCGCCGAAAAUUCACGGUGGAAUUGUCACGAUCUCUGGACACAGAGCAGGUGACACAGCAAGCUACAGUUGUCAGUCUGAGUAUGUGCUAUUCGGAGAAGGAGUUUUAUCCUGUGGUCUGGGUGGUAAAUGGUCAGGAAAGGCUCCCACUUGUAAAUAUGUUGAUUGUGGAUCCCCACCAAACAUCGACAAUGGAAAAUAUGACCUUAAGAAUGGCACAACUACUGUUAAUAGCGAAGUUAUAUAUUCGUGUAGGGAUGAUUAUUGGCUGGAUGGUGUGGCUAAUCAAAAAUGUACCAGGGAAGGUAAAUGGUCGGCAGAUGCACCAAUAUGUGGAUUAAUUGUUUGUGAAGAACCGGAUGUGCCCUCAGGAAGCUAUGUAGUGGGUUACGAUUUUAACGUGCAUUCAACCAUUGAAUAUCAUUGUGAAAAAGGUCAUAUUUUAAGAGGUGAACGUAGUCAUACAUGCACCAGUGAUGGUUCAUGGAGUGGAACCACGCCUACAUGUGAAUAUAUCGAUUGCGGUAAAGUUCCUUCAUUACUUCAUGGUAAUAUGGAGUACACCAAUGGUACAACCUAUUUAGACAGCGAGAUUACUUACAGUUGCACAAAGAAUUACAGGCUUAAUGGGAUAAGAAAAAGGAUAUGCCAAGAAAACCAGGAAUGGAGUGAUACUUUACCAAAAUGCGAAGAGAUAAGAUGUCCAGAGCCAGUUCUAGCAGAGCACAGCAUUCUCUCCGUAACCGGAAAUGAUAGAAUGUACGGGAGAACUUUAAUAAGAACCGGAGCUGAAGCAUCGAAUGUAGUAACUCAAACGUACAAAAUUGGGGCUUUAGUUAAAUACAGAUGUGAGCGAGGUUACAAAGUAAUUGGAGAACCUUUAAGUACCUGCGAAGAAUCGGGUCAAUGGAGUGGAGAUGUACCUAAAUGUGUUUAUGUUGAUUGUGGUAAUCCAGAAAAGAUCCAAAACGGAAAAGUUACCCUUCCAUCCAACGCUACAUAUUACGGGGCCCUUUCUUUGUAUGCUUGCGAUCCAAACUAUGAGCUAGAUGGAGUUUCCAGACGGUUAUGCUUGGAAAACGGUACCUGGAGCUCGGAUACGCCAGCUUGCAGAGAAAUUCAGUGUAGGGAUCCUGAUGCUUUGGAGGGAGUGACAGUUAAAACCAGCACACAUAGUGUUGGUGGUGUAGCACAGUAUUAUUGUCCUAGGGGACAUAAUAUGAAUGGAAAUUCCACCAGAGUUUGUCAAAAGAAGGGAAGUUGGAGUGGACAGGCACCAGUUUGUAUGGCUGUGGACUGUCUGCACCCAGGAACUAUUCAAAACGGUAGAGUCAUUGUUAUGAAUGGCACAACCUUUAACAGCGCCAUAGAGUACCAUUGCAUACCUAGUUAUGAAAGAAUUGGUCCUUAUCUCAGAAAGUGUAUGGAGAGUGGCGAAUGGUCUGGAGAAGAACCAAGAUGUGAAAUGACCACAGGGGAAGCACAGGAACCCUCAAACAUGGGUACCCAUAUUGGUAUUGGUGCCGGUGUGGUUCUAUUCUUGUUAUUACUUUUAGGACUGAUAUACCUAAAAUUACGUAAACCUGUAGCAGUAAAAAAUACAGAAAACGUAGAAGGCGCUGAAAGAAAGGAAGACCGUAAUGCAGCAGUAAUGAGCUAUGCCACAUUGAGCGACAGAAAUGGGUACCUUCACACGCAAUUACCUCCUAAUGUUUACGAAAACAUUCACGACGAGAAUAUGUACGACGCUCCCUACGAAGAGACUAGCAGAGACAGCGGUACCUACGAACCGGAACCCAUUGGAAGGACCAAUGGGAAUGUAGUAACAAUAAAUGGAGUAGCUGUACGAUAGUGAUUUUAGUGUUGUCGUGGGUUAUAUACUAUUUACAAAAGACUGCCAAAGUUGUAUAAAGUGAGAUUUUAUUGUUAAAUGAUUUUAAAGUAUUUUUUAUUAAGGAACAUUGCCUGCCUAUAAGUUAUAAGAAGC